AACUCUCUCUCAUCUUCAUAAGCUUCCAUAUGCAUCCCUUUGAUUUCCAUAUCAAAGAUGUAUUUUUUAAGUUUAUGGAACAACAAGAAGCAGAGUUCAUCGAUCACAAAUUUUCGCCAAGUGUUCUCACCUCGGAAUUCAGUCUCCAUCUCGGAAUACACGAUCCACUUCGAUUACUUCGUAUAUACAAGCACCUCCAAACGAGCAUUCCCGCCCUACAGCUUAUUACCGAGUCAGAAUCUCUAUUCAUUUUGCAGUACCGACGGACAUCACUUCGUACGCCCGCCGAUACUGGGGGCCUCUCUGUUAUCACCCAACUCGGUAAUCCGAAGUUAUUAGCCUCAAACCGCGUUUUAGAUGGAUUAUUACCAGCAAUGACACAGCCAACAGUCAUCCCGGUCCGCAUACCGAACCGACCAAGCUAUAGAAGACCGAG